AAAAGCACACGAAGUGCUUUGGGCUACUCUCCUGUUCCGAAAGAGGCUAUGGAAUUUUCAAAAGAUGUGAUUAAAAGAUGGCUUAACUUUAAUGUAUUGACGAAUAAUAUAUAGUAGUUUCCCGAAAGUAUAAUAGAAAAUAACGGUGAAUAAUUAUAUGACUUAUUGAUCUUUUUAGCAGGUUAAAAAUCCCCUUUAAUAUAAACUAAAGUUAAUAUCCCAACUACUUGCAAUAGAACAUAAAUCGUGAAUCUUCUCUUUUAAUAAUACGAUUCUCUUAUUAGACUAUUGAAAUAAGAUGGUGCUCUUUUAAACCAUAUUAGGCCUUAGUUUUUAUUGGGGUAUAAUGAAUAUAAUGUUUAUUUAAAAAGUUAAGGAAAAGAAGAAAUAUAGUUUUUACAUUAGACAAUGGGUAAACUUUCUUAGCAUAAAUAUACGUAUUUUUGUACAGAUAGUUGGAUUACUCUAUUUUAUUAAAUUCUUAAAAUCUAUUAUUUAUAAAGAAUUAACUUCAAAUAAAUCAAAACAAUACCAAAUUUACAGCAAGAAAAUGCCACUUUGCCCUCUUCUUAUAUUAUAGGUAGUAAUUUCUAUAGUUAAUUCGAAGGAAUGUUAUUCAGAUGGCUUGAAUUAAAUGAAGAAAUAAUUAAUUAAUAAAUUUAAAUCCCUUACCGAAUAAUUAAUCUAGACCAAGAAAUUUCCUCAGGCCAUAUUUUAUCUGGAUUAAUUAAAAAUUACCUCGGAACAGACUAUACUUAAUAAAUGUUCUAAGGAUUAAAACUUUAAACAAAUAAUGAUGAUGAAAGAUUUUUUAACUGUACAAAAAUUUAUUAAGCAUUAUAAGAAAUUAAUCUCUAAACACCUUUUCUACCUUUAGAUAUAUCUAAACCUUCAUAAAGGGAGAUUUUCCUUCUUUUAGUUCAUUUAUUAAAUACUCUUCCUAAUUAUAUACCUAAAGAAAAUCCUAUAAUAUUCAGUUGUAUUUUAGGGUAAGAAAUAAAUCAUAUAAUUGAAUUAAAAAACAAUACGAAAAAACCCAUUAAUUAUUGGGUCAAAUAUAUAGGAUCUCCUGAUUUUUAAAUGGAAACUGAUAACAUCAAAUUAGAACCUACUGAGACUUAUCCCUUCAAUAUAAAGUUUGUUUCUCGUGUAUCUGUUCCUGUAACCGGUCGGAUUCGCUUCACGAACAAACGAGAAAGUAAUGUAGCCGCCUAAACACUAGUAUUUGACCUAAAAUCGUAAAUAAUAGGCCGAGUUUCUUAAAAAAUUGAAGAAGUAGAGUCUGUUCUUUAUGAAUAAAAAGAAUUCAUCAUAAAAGUCGAGAAUAAAUUCACUCGCUUUGACCACGCAGACUUCCUUGUAACCAUCUUACAUGAAUGGGAGACUAAAUAAACUCAAAGCAAUCCUAAUCCAGUUAAAAAAGCAACAAAAAACGACGAACUUCUCCCUUAAGAAAUCCUAAAUUGCGUCCCAUCUUUUUUCUGUAAAAACUCAGAAAAAAUUCGUGUAAAAAAAAAUGUCCCUUUGCAUCUAUAAUUAAUAUUUAUCCCUUUAGUAUAUGAAAAUUAGAAAUGCUACAUUAUUUUUUCAGAUCCGAAUGUUGGUGAAUUUUAAUAUGAAAUAAUUGGAAAAGUAAAACUGCCUGAAGAAAUUAUUUAAUUACCAGAAUUACCUCCUAUAUAUGUCGAGGAACAAAAAAACUGGUAAUAUAAAAUUCCUUUUAGAAACGAAAAAUUAAAGGCAGCUCGAAAAUUGGUCGAAUAUCAUCUAUAUGAAAGAAAAAAAAAAGAAGGCUAAUAGAAUAAAAAAUAUACAUUGCCUAAUAUAUCACCUGAUUUAAUAAAUUUCUAUGUAUAAAUAUAACAACCGGCUGAUUGUAUUUAAAUUGCAAAAACUCUCACAAUUAUAAACCCCUUAGUGGUUGCCAAAAGGAAAGCUUCAGCUGCUACUUCCUAAGUUUUAUAAAAAAAUAACGAUGUUUCCAGUAUCGAAAGUAAGAAAAUCAUUGAAAACAUAUCCAAUAUGGACUAAUUAGCUAAUUAAGAUUUAGAAGAAUUAGAAAAAAAUGUUUUAAAUUUUAAUUUUGCAUUCAAAUAGCCUAUAAAAGAAUAUACAGCUUUAAUAACAUUAAAAAAUCCUGAAAAAUCUGAUAUAAGGCUAUAUAAACUAGUCAUUUAAAGUCAACCUAAACCAAUCCAAGCAAUCCUUGAAAUUAAAUGUCCUGCAAAAGAAACUAUAAGUCAAGAUAUUCCUAUAUAAAACUACACUGAAAGAGACUGGAAUAUAAAAGUUCAUUUUUUACAAAACGAAGAAAAAAACGGAAAAACGAUAAGCUUAAUAUAAACUACCAAAAGAUAUAAAAGAUUGCUAAUAAAAAAAAAAUCAACCUCCAUAUUACAAAUUUAAUUUUCCCCUCUUUGGAUAUACACAGCGGAAGCUCACUUGACUCUUUAAAAUUUGACAACGGGUGAAGUUUACGAGUACUAAAUUUUCGGAAUAGGCGAAGAGCCAUUAACUGUUGAUCAUUUAGUUAUCAAUUGCUAAGCCCGAAAACUUACUAAAUAAGAAUUAGCAUUAAAAAACCCAUAUACAGACCGUCCUAUUACAUAUGAAAUAGAAACUGAUUUAGUAGGUGCUUCUGGUCUUCCGUCUAUUACUAUUGGUCCAGGUAAGAAAGGGAAAGGUCUUAUUGGUAAUUCUUAUUUCUCUCUUUAACCUAAAUAAGUGAGUUAAUACGAACUUUUUUUCCUGCCAUUAAAAGCAGGGAAAUAAUAAGGCUCUAUAAAUUUCGUUUCAGAAGAAAUAGGUGAAAUUUGGUAUGAAUUAAACCUUAUAGCUGAUGAUUCUUAGACUGUAAGGCUUCCUUUAUUAAAAGCAGAACUCGGAAAAGUAGAACAACAAGAAGUUAGGUUAGAAAAUCCAUCAAAUUACGAUACUAAAGUUGAAGUUAUAAUCUCUAAUAAGACAAAUUUCGAUGUUAUUCCUGAUUAAAUUAUAAUUCCAGCAAAUGAAGAAGUUUCGGUCUUUAUAAAAUAUAUGCCUUCUAUUUUGGAUAAAACUUAAACUUCUUAAAUAACUUUUGAAACAGAAAAUAUUGGCAAAUGGCAGUUUUUGGCUUUCGGUAUAGGAAUUCCGCCGACUUGUUUUGAACCAAAAAUUGUCACUGUAGGAUUGGAUUAAGAUUUCUCAAUUAUGAUGUAAAACGAACUUAAAGUUUCUUUACCUGGUAUUAGUUAAUUAUAAGGAGAUAAUGAUACAUUUACUUUUGAAAUUAAAAAUAAAAUUGGCGGUUAAUGGAAGUUUAAAAUAUAAUUAGAAAGUCUUACUCCAAAUGAAGAUGAUAUAAUAAUUUUAAGUUCAUUAAUAGAAAAUAUUGACAAAAUAUAAUUUAAAUUAACAAACAGAUAUAAGACAUAUGCUUAAUUUGUUGCUAAACUUACGCCUGAAAGUGAUUCCGAAUUUUCUGUUUCUCCUAUUUCUGGAAUUCUUGAACCUUACGGUAGAGAAGGAACUACAUUUAAUAUUUGUUUCUAACCAAUAUAAUAUGGACAAAAUAAAAAUGCUAAAUUAAUAAUAGAAACUGAAGACAUGUAUUGGUCAUACUAAAUUAAAGGGAUAAUACCUAAUUAUAAACCACCAGCUUUUAUGAAUUCGAAAAUCGAUAAUAAAUUAGGAGUUGAUGUUACUUCUAAUUGGCGACAUAAUAAUACUAAUUUUGUUGUUAAUAAUAUAAGAAAAGCGAAAAAAAUAUAAUAGGAUAAUCUGAAUAAUGUACAUAAUAACAGUAUGAAUAAUUCGAAAAUUAAUAAUAAAAUUUUAGAUGCUAAAUCUCUUUUAACUACUAAAAAAGGUGGGUUUGGGAUAAAUUCUUCAUAAAUUUCUAAUUAGUUAUUUAGGAAUUGAA